CGGAAUACAAUUUCAACUCUUGACGUUUAUUUUCAGGAUUUUCUAAAAGACAUCUGCCAACCUUGCAAAGAUAUCUGUAACGUGAAAGAAUCUAAAAGAGGGGCCUAUCUUUAUUAUCCAUCACAACAGCUGAGGCCUCGGGAACCCCAAGCUUUGCGAUGAUGUCCUACAUUAAACAACCGCAUUACGCAGUCAAUGGGCUGACACUAGCUGGAACCGGGAUGGAUUUGCUACACUCUGCUGUGGGAUACCCAUCGACGCCACGCAAGCAGAGAAGAGAAAGGACAACAUUUACUAGGGCACAACUGGAUAUUUUGGAGGCCCUGUUUGCUAAAACACGUUACCCAGACAUCUUCAUGAGGGAGGAAGUGGCCUUAAAGAUAAAUCUGCCAGAAUCCCGGGUGCAGGUCUGGUUUAAGAACAGAAGGGCCAAAUGUCGCCAGCAGCAGCAGCAGAGCAGUGGACAGGCCAAACCUCGCCCUGCCAAGAAGAAGACCUCGCCUGCAAGAGAGACUAACUCAGAGGCCAGUACCAAUGGCCAAUAUAGUCCUCCACCACCCGGCACAUCAGUGACCCCCAGUUCUUCAGCUAGUGCAACAGUUUCCAUCUGGAGUCCAGCAUCGAUAUCUCCCAUUCAAGAUCCCCUUUCUGCUGGCACCACCCCUUGCAUGCAGAGAUCUGCUGGAUAUCCCAUGACCUACAGUCAGGCCCCAGCCUACACCCAGAGCUAUGGAGGAUCAUCAUCUUACUUCACUGGCCUUGACUGUAGCUCCUACCUAUCCCCCAUGCACCCCCAGCUCACAGCUUCAGGUGCCACGCUGAGCCCCAUUGCCACAUCUACAAUGGGCAGUCACCUGAGCCAGUCACCAGCAUCUCUCUCUGCCCAGGGAUAUGGCGCUUCCAGUCUUGGCUUCACCUCGGUGGAUUGCUUAGACUACAAGGACCAAACUGCCUCUUGGAAGCUUAAUUUCAAUGCCACUGACUGCCUUGACUAUAAAGACCAAAGUUCAUGGAAAUUCCAAGUCUUGUAAAGCAGAGAGACGUUGGCUCAUCACCAACCUCAAUCAACCAAUCAGCGUCAUUACAACAGCGGGAUGAAACCAAAAUACAAAAACUUCAGAAUAUCAUUGUCUCUUCUGUUUUUUUCUCUCUCAGUAUAAGAAACCUCUGGUAGAGUCCUGAAAUUUUGCACCCACAAAUUAACACUUGAUUCCUCCAGGUCAUUUUUUUUUUUUUUAAAGAUAGAAAAAUGCCCAAUCUGGGUUAGAAAAGCACUUUGAAUUAGGAUAAUCUUAAAGUAAAGUCAUUCUGUGUACCAUACACCCAAGUCUAGUUCUUGGUUUUGCUUUUGAUUAUCCAUCAUAAACAAGAGCAGAAAAUAUUUUUUUAAUUUGGAUUGCAUAUAUUUUUUGUUACAACAGAUGGAAGUUGACAUUGUAUGCAGAGGAAGCAUGGUGCAAGUAAGCUAGAACAGUAGGGGGGUACAUCGCACCCCCCUACCAUCUUACAGCCAGCGUCAUUAAUGGGUGUCAAAUAUGGUAUCAAUGCUUCAUAUUAAAACGUCUUUUAAUUCUAAAAUAUUGAAAUAAACCUAAAAGAGCAAUGACUGUUCUUGCAAUAUAAUGUAACACCAUACAUACUGAAACAACACAUUCCAUUAGGUGUAUUGCAUUAAUAUAUGUAGGCAUUCUUACAUAGCAAACAAAUUCCCCCUCCUCCCUAACAAUCAUUACAGACUAGGCCUGUUCUCAGAUACCUUUCCCAAGUGGUAAAGUUCAAGCCUUGUUAGAAAAACGGUAACACUGCAGCUACAGUAUGUAAGCCAUGCUGUAUUUCUUUAUGUAUAAUAUUUUAAAUGCAGUUUAAUUUAUUUUCUAAAAGCUCAUUGGCCCAUCUACAAAAUGUUACAGUUUGUAAGUCGUAAACUGAAAGCAGAAGUGUGUCCAACUUUUUUUAUUUUUUAUUAUUGUGUUAAAUAAU